CGGGUCCUCCUGUCCGCCGUGUCAGCUCUCCUCUCCGUGGAGCUUCUCACAUGCCCGCCGCUCGCUAGCCAGGAUCGCGGGCUGGACAUGGCGUUCGCCAAUUUCCGCCGCAUUCUGCGGUUGUCUACCUUUGAGAAGAGGAAGCUGCGGGAGUACGAGCAUGUCCGCAGGGACCUGGACCCCAACCUGGUGUGGGAGAUCGUCGGGGAGCUCGGGGACGGAGCCUUCGGGAAAGUGUACAAGGCUAAAAACCGAGAAACAGGUGCGUUGGCUGCUGCCAAGGUUAUUGAAACCAAGAACGAGGAGGAGCUGGAGGAUUACAUGGUUGAAAUUGACAUCUUGGCCAACUGCAACCACCCCAAUAUUGUGAAACUGCUCGGUGCCUUCUACUAUGAGAACAAGCUAUGGAUUAUGAUCGAGUUUUGCCAAGGAGGAGCUGUGGAUGCCAUAAUGCUCGAGCUCGAUCAUGGACUAACGGAACCUCAGAUCAAAACAGUCUGCAGACAGAUGUUGGAAGCCUUGGCCUACCUCCACAGCGUGAAGAUCAUCCAUCGUGACCUGAAAGCUGGAAACGUGCUUCUGACACAGGAUGGGGAUAUCAAGCUAGCUGAUUUUGGAGUGUCUGCGAAAAAUGUAAGGACGGUGCAAAGAAGGGACUCUUUCAUUGGGACCCCAUACUGGAUGGCUCCAGAGGUGGUGAUGUGUGAGACCAUGAAAGAUGCCCCAUAUGAUUAUAAAGCAGAUAUAUGGUCUUUAGGAAUAACUCUUAUCGAAAUGGCUCAGAUGGAACCACCUCACCAUGAGCUAAACCCUAUGCGUGUUCUUCUGAAGAUUGCAAAAUCUGAGCCACCAACCCUUUCCUCCCCUUCCAAAUGGUCCCAGGAGUUCCGAGACUUCCUGAAGAAGGCUCUAGAUAAGAAUCCAGAGACCAGGCCAAGUCCUGUGCAGCUUUUGGAGCACCCUUUUGUAAAUAAAGUGUCCAGUAACAAACCACUGAGGGAUCUGGUGGCAGAAGCCAAGGCUGAAGUUUUGGAUGAAAUAGAAGACAAUGGGGAAGUGGAAGAAGACGAUUCUCCUGAACCCAUCUCUCCACCUGUAAGCAAGAAAGAUGACCGCAACUCAUUUGAGAUGGACAAAAACAAGAUUAACAAUGAUCCUGUGAGUAAUGGAUUAAAACUUCGCAGAGAACUGGAUGCUCAGAAAACAGAUAAAUAUUACCAAGUUCCAGAAAAUGAGUUAAGCAGCAAAGUAGAAAGUAAGACUUCUUUGAAUGACAAUGUACAAAAUCUUCCUGCGGUGGUGGAUAAGCCCGAUAUCAUCAUUGUCAACCCACUCAUUGCCAACUUGGACCCAAAGAGGAAAUCUAUGGCAGAGAACAGCCAAAACAGGGAACAUGAUCUAGAACUGGCUAGCAGCACACGUCAUAGACCAAAAAGCAGUGGCUCACAUCGACAGUCUGGAGAACUAAUGCCCAAUGGGUCUCUGGAUCUCACUGGACGUUUAUUUAGUAGCCGAUCGAAGAGGGAUUCUGAUUCCGGUAGCAACUCUGCUUCAGACAGUAUGGACAUAAGUAUGAAUUUGUCUGCGGAUCUGUCACUUAAUGAAACUGGCUCUUUAUCACUUAGGGAAUCGCGAGCUCACAACAAGACCUUAAAACGUACAAGGAGGUACGUAGUGGAUGGAGUGCAAGUUAGUGUUACUACCUCAAAGAUCAUCAGUGAGGAUGAGAAGAAAGAUGAGGAAAUGCGUUUCUUAAGGCGCCAAGAGUUGCGAGAGUUAAAAUUGCUGCAGAAGGAGGAGCAUAGAAACCAGGCACAGCUGACCACUAAGCAUCACUUGCAGCAGGAACAGAUGUUGCGGCGUUUUGAGCAGGAAAUGAGCGCUAAGAAAAAGUUCUAUGACACAGAACUUGAAAUUCUGGAGAAGCAGCAGAAACAGCAAAUUGAGCGGAUGGAGCAAGAACACGCAGUGCGUAGACGAGAUGAGGCCAAACGUAUCAGAACUGACCAGGAGCGAGAAUAUACCAAGUUCUUAGAGAUGCUUAAGCAAAAAAAGAAGGAGGUAAAGAUGGCUGUGGAGAAACUCCCGCGUCAGCAACGUAGGGAAAGCAUGAAGGUGAAGAUGGAAGAAUUUGGUAAUCAUAAGCAAGUUGAGGAACAAAAGUUUUUAAGUAAGCAAAAAGAGGAUUUGGCCCAGGCAAUGAGGACGAUAACGAUGGAAAACAAGAAAGAGAUCUAUAGUAAAGAACGAGAGUUCCUAACUAAGAAACAGCAACUUCUCAGAGACAGAGAAGCAUUCAUCUGGGACUUGGAAGAGCGCCACCUUCAGGAGAGACACCAGCUGAUGAAGCAGCAACUGAAAGACCAGUACUUCUUGCAACGCCAUGAGCUUCUACGAAAGCAUGAUAAGGAACAAGAACAGAUGCAGCACUACAACCAGCGCAUGUUGGAGCAGCUCCGACUUCGGCAGCAGCAAGAAAGAGCCCGUCUACCAAAGAUCCAAAGAAGUGAAGGGAAGACCCGAAUGGCUAUGUACAAGAAGAGUCUUCAUAUUAGUUCAAUUGGGAACUCUGCAGAACAGAGAGAGAAGAUAAAGCAGUUCUCUCAGCAAGAGGAAAGGAAGCAAAAAGCAGAGAGGCUACAGCAGCAACAGAAGCACGAGCAUCAAAUAAUUGAAAUGCAAGCGGAAUGCGACAGCAACGUCCGAGAACUCCAACAACUUCAGAAUGAGAAAUGCCACUUGCUGGUAGAACACGAGACCCAGAAACUGAAGGCUCUGGAUGAUGGGCACUCUCAAGUGAUGAAAGAAUGGAGAGAGAAACUGAGGCCACGCAAGAAGGCUUUGGAAGAGGACCUGGAACUGAAAAAGCAGGAGCAGGAGAUUUUUUUCCGGAUGAGUGAGGAAGCUGGAGUACAAACACUGACGCCUCAGAAGCCUGCCAAGUUCUAUCCAUACAGCUCUGCUGAGGCGUCCUAACCUCUUCAUGUCCAGAAGUAGAACCAUUUAGACUUUGAGUCCCAUACCAAAAAUGUAAACAGUAGCCUCCUGUUUCCUUUUGUGUUGAGUGUGAUCACAGAGCAAAGGAUUACAAAAUGUGAAAAUAAGUAAGAAGUCAGCCUAUUUGAAGAUCAUUUAAACUGAAGGGGGAAAAUGGUUUCCUGAACAUAAAUGUAUAAAAUGUCUUCUUGGGGAAACAUUGGCCAGGAGUGUCACCUUUGCCUUUCAAGAUGAUGUUGGUCUAAACUUCCAAGAAUUAUGGUAUAUGUAGAUCAACAAAGAUUAAAUAGUCAACUUUUAACACAUGUGCUGUAGUCUAUGCCAGAGCGAUGAUAUUGGGUAAAUAUCUGUGUGUAUGUAUAUCUUCUAAUCCCAGGUGUGAAUGAAUGGCUUCUACCGCUCAACCACCAGGUUCGAAAGAAAUGUGAAAGAGCCCUUUAGCUGAGGUUCCUUUUAACAUUUAGAUGAAGAAUAAAAAAAAUAUAAUUUUUUUUGUUACUGCAUAUAUGUUGACUGACAGUAGUUUGUCAGUGAAAUAAUUGUGUAAGGUCACACAAUGUACAUUUUUUCAUGAGGGACCAAGCAAAAAAAUGUUUUCAAUAUAUUAUGAUCUAAUAACUGGGUGCUUUCGAAUAACUUAAGGGGAGAUGUUAAUUUUAUUUGGGUGAUUCGUAAGAGCACUUUUUACCUCACAGAAAUUUAGUGAGUGGACUGCUGGCCAGUCUUUAAUAUGAUGGCCAUAUUUACAGAGUCUGGGCUUUAGACAGAUUGCAAACUAUGCAUCGGCAGUGCCUUAUAGCGCCAAAGUACCUUAGUAAACAUGACUAUUUUGACCUAUUAUAGAUAACAAAAGUAUUGUAUAACAAUCAAAGAUAUAAUUUAGCAUUUUAUAAACUCCUGUGCCAUCACUUUUUCCUCUAUAUUUAUGUACUUAUUCUAAUCUACAUUCCCAUAUUUUGUGGGGUUGUUUUUUUUUUUUCUCUUGUUAAUGUUACAGAUGGGCACAGCAACAAGUACCAAAUACACAUUCUAAAGGGGUUCUGUGUUUUGGGCAGGGGUUGUGGUGUUCCCAGUUGCACAAUCCCUCCUUUUGAUUACAGUAUUUAUAGAAAAUAGAAACAAAUAUAGCUUCACGUUGAGCUACUAACAAUGUAAGCAAUACAGAAGGUUUAAUCUACUUUAUCAUUGUAGUUUCACUUAAGUGCAAUAUCCUAAUCUUUGUUCUUUCACCCAAAUUGUUUCUAAGAGAGUUGUAAAAUAGAAAUAUAUAUAUUCAGGAAUGAAACCUCUAUGGCAAGAGUUUUCAAUUGACAGAUUCUCAAUUUAUUCCAGGUGUGUAUACAGAGUCUAUAUGAUCAGAGCUAUGGGGUAAACACUGUGUAAUGUAAAUAAGAUGCUAAUAAAGUAAUGUAUUGGAAAUUGAA